AUGCUAUCAUUAUUCAUUGACAUUAACUCGAGCAGGGAAUCUUCAUUUGUUCAGUUUAUUACCGUAUGGGUUGUUCGCUAUUGUAAAAUGUCGAAAGAACCGAUAAGUCUCUAUGUACCGCUUGACAAAUCGAACUCACAGCUUCGCAGACUUGUAUUUAGAAAUAAUUCUAUGACCGAUAUAGUAGUCAAGCUUGUUCCCACGAAUCCAAAUGUUAUUGAACUAGCCAGAGAUCGACUCAGACUACUUCCGUCAGGCUCCCUUUUUAUUGAGAUGAGGGUCAAUUAUGCAAACGUUGGAACUUUUGAUUACUCACCUCCAAAAAUUUGCGGUUACGCAAUGCCCGUUUAUGUACAUACAUUGCCAAGAAUAGGCAAAUGGCUGAAUGCACCCGGUCUGGAAACAGAGAAGCAGCUAGCAUUUGAAGUGCAGAUCAAAUUCAACGAUAAAAUGUUCUCAGCUCGCAAUAUUAUCAUCGAUCUGCCUGGCAUGGCACGUUUGGUGGAGGCAAUUCCAAAUGCCAUUCCUCUUAUUAGAGAAAGGCUACCGAUAGACAGUGCCGACGCUGACACAACGACUGCUGUGAAACUAAAUUCACAAGAAGAUUUGGUUCAUAUUGGUGAAGAAAAUGAAGAAGGCAAUGAAAGUUGUUGGUAUUCUCUUUUCGGCUCCACAAACAAUACUAAGAAAAAGGUUGAGAAUCAUCCAAUCGCAAAACCUUCUGCUAGUUCGCGUCUCUCAGCUGAUACAUCUUGCGAUACCGCCAUGGAACGACAGGCAACCAGUUUGAAUGUUGAACAAGAAGUAACCCCCUGUGCAGGAUAUUAACAAACUCACUAACGUAAUGAGCCGUGUAAUGAGA